AAUAGACGAUCUUCGGUCGCUGCUGGUUUUGACAGCUGCGGGGGAGCUGGUGAGGAGAGCGAAGGAUCCGUGUGGACCACAGCUUGCUGCUGCAGCGGCUGAGUGGGGGGACGGACACACCGGCCGGGAACAGUCCCUCAGACAUACACACACCUCAUCAUUUCCUACAGCACCAAAACACACUCACCGGUCGGCGGAGGAGACAGCAACCGGUUCACAGCAGACGGUUUGAACCAUCUUCUGGAGACAGACUGUACAGUAGCAGGACAAAGCUGAGAUUUAAUCCUCACAGUGUGGAUCCAGACUUCUUCGCCCAAACAUGGACAGGAAUAGGGAAUGGGUGCCGGGCAUCACAGCUGUGCUAUUGAUACUCUUCAGUCACGUGACUUCAGCGCUGGAAGUGCCUCUUGAUCUGCCCCAACCCCCCACUAUAACACUACAGUCCCCAAAGGAUUACAUCUUUGAUCCGCGGGAGAACAUCGUCAUCAACUGUGAGGCCAAGGGGAAGCCUCAUCCCAGCUUUUCAUGGACAAGAAAUGGGACCCACUUUGACGUCGAGAAAGACUCCAAAGUUCUGAUGAAGCCCGGUUCAGGAACUCUGGUCAUUGACAUCAGUGGGGAAAAGGCUGAGGCUUAUGAGGGAACAUACCAGUGUACAGCUCACAACGAGCAUGGCACAGCUGUAUCCAACAACAUUGUCAUUAGACAGUCCAGGUCCCCCUUGUGGUCAAAAGAGAGAAAUGAGGCCAUCACGGUGCAGAUGGGGGUCUCCCUGGUGCUGCAGUGCCGACCCCCCGCUGGGCUGCCCCCACCCGUCAUUUUUUGGAUGGACAACAAUUUCCAGAGGCUGCCGCUGGAUCAACGAGUAUCCCAGGCACUGAACGGAGACUUGUACUUCUCCAAUGUUCUCCCAGAAGACACCCGGAGUGACUACAUCUGCUACGCCCGCUUCCCCCAUACACAGACCAUCCAGCAGAAACAGCCCAUCUCAGUCACCGUGCUGGAGAACAGCCCAGUGGGGGAGCGCCGUCCUGGUUUCAUGACGCCUCUGGGCGUAACCAGCACCAAGAUGGUUCUGAGAGGGGAGACUCUGGAGCUGGAAUGCAUCGCUGAGGGCUUGCCCACUCCAGAGAUCUCCUGGCAGAAGGAUGGUGGUGAGCUGCCGAACAGCAGGAAGACUUUCCAUAACUUCAAAAGAACGCUAAAGAUUUCUGACGUGAAUGAAGCUGACGGUGGCGACUACCGCUGUACAGCCACAAACAAACUGGGCACUGCACACCACAUCAUCAAGGUCACUGUCAAAGCGGCCCCUUUCUGGAUCAGUGCUCCCAGGAACCUGAUCCUCGCCCCAAAUGAGACUGGCAUCCUGACUUGUCGAGUCAGUGGAGAACCCAAGCCAAAGAUUAGCUGGUUUGUCAAUGGAGUCCCCAUAGAGAAUGCGCCUGAGGAUCAGAGCCGCAAGGUGGAUGACGACACUGUUAUUCUCAGCAAUGUGCAGCCAGGGUCCAGUGCUGUCUACCAGUGUAACGCAUCUAAUGAAUUUGGCUACCUGAUGGCUAACGCUUUUGUCAGUGUUCUUGCUGAGCCACCAAGGGUGCUCACUCCACCCAACAGAGUGUACCAGGUCAUCACCAACAACCCUGCCUUACUACACUGUGCCUCCUUUGGCUCACCAAUACCAACUAUCACAUGGUUCAAAGACAGUCAGACCAGCAUUAAAAAUGAUGACCCAUAUGUGAUUCAUGAGAAUGGUACUUUGGAGAUCCAUGUGGCCCAGCCACUUAACAGUGGAAAGUACACCUGUAUUGCCACCAACAACUUAGGCAUCAAAGAGAACCAUGUCUUCCUGGAGGUUAAAGAGCCCACUCGUAUCCUGCAGCAGCCAGAGUACAAGGUGGUGCAGAGAGGCAUGAGCGCUAUGUUUGAGUGUAAAGUCAAACACGACCCAUCUCUCAUCCCCACGAUGAUCUGGCUCAAAGACAAUGGGGAGCUGCCUGAUGAUGAGAGGUUUGAGGUGGACACAGACAGUCUGAUUAUCAAAGAUGUGACAGAUGAAGAUGAGGGCACUUACACCUGCAUCAUGAACACCACCCUGGACCAGGACUCAGCCAGUGCCAUGCUGACUGUUGUUGAGAAACCUGACCCUCCGACUGCUCUGGAAUUGACUGACCAGACUGAGAGGACCGUUAAGCUCACCUGGACCCCUGGAGACGAACACAACAGUCCCACAGAGAGGUUUCUGAUCCAAUAUGAGGAUCUGCUACACCAGCCAGGUGUUUGGGUCAACCUAACAGAGGUUGAUGGCACAAGCACCACAGCACAGCUGAAUCUCUCCCCAUAUGUCUACUACUCCUUCAGAGUGCUGGCUGAGAAUCAGGUGGGCCACAGCCAGCCUAGCCAGCCAUCACGCCAAUACAGAACCAAUCCUGCAGCUCCUGAUGAAAGUCCAUCAGAUGUGCAGGGAGAGGGAACAGAGCCUGACAACUUGGUCAUCUCCUGGACACCACUGACAGGAUUUCAAGCCAAUGGGCCUGGUUUGGAGUACAAAGUGCAGUGGAGACAGAAGGAUGUGGAUCAUGAGUGGUCUUCAAGGACCGUGGCCAACGUUUCCCAGUGUGUCGUGACUGGAACUGCCACCUACGUGCCCUACGAGAUCAAGGUUCAAGCUUUGAACGAUUACGGCAACGGCCCAGAGUCUGAAGUGGUGAUUGGAUACUCCGGAGAAGAUUCUCCUUUGUCUGCUCCUGAAAGUGUGCAGGUCACGGUUCGCAACAGCACGCUAGCAGAAGUUCAGUGGGAGCCUGUGUCUCCCACCACGGUCAGAGGAAAACUACAGGGAUACAAGGUGUACUACCGUCGCGAGCGGGGCUUGCAGGAGACAGAAACAGAGGAGACAGAGGAGGAGGAGCAGGUUUUGACGUUCACUGGGAACCGCAGCGAGGGACGUCUGCCAGGCCUCCAGCCGUACAGCCUCUACAACCUCUUCGUCAAGGUCCUUAAUAGCAAAGCAGAAGGACCCCCUAGCCCUGGCAAGAAAUUUGAGACACCUGAGGGAGUCCCAGGGCCUCCUGCUUUUCUGAGCGUCAUCAAUCCUAGUUUGGACUCCCUCACUCUGGAAUGGGGCGCACCACUGAGGGUCAAUGGACGCCUCGCUGGAUACACAUUAAAAUACCAACCAGUCUCUGCAGUGAACACCACCACUGAACUGGGACCAGUCAAGGUCAUGACCUUUCUCGGCAAUGAGACCACCAUUACCCUGGGCAACCUGAACUCCAGCAUGCUGUACAAGUUUUAUUUAAGUGCAAAGACAACCAAAGGCUCUGGCCCCAUCGUCACAGAAGAGGCUUUUACAGUCAUGGACACAGCUCGUACUCAACCCACUGUAGAGACGGGCAAAGGUAACCCAAGCCCCACAGAGCCCCCUCACACAACCUCCCCCAUCACUCAGUCUCCGCAUCCCCCGUUUCACAAGGUGCCUCCUGUAGGCCCUGCGUUUGGAACGGUUAACACAUCUGUAUCAGAAGACGGUGCAGUGAUCAAUUGGGAAUACUUUGGACACCAUAAGAAUGUAUAUGUGGAAUAUAUUGUAGAAAACAGUAAAGAGGACUGGAAAAAGGAGUUGGUAAAUGGUUCUCACUCGCAUAUGAUAAAAGGUUUAAAGCCGGGGACAUCCUAUAGGGUGCGUGUGGUAGCUAGAGACCCGGCUGAUCCGACAGUCCACAGCACAGACGAAGUGUUGGUUACAGUGCCAGCUGUACCCAGUCGGCAGGUAGACAUCGCCACCCAGGGCUGGUUUAUUGGCCUGAUGUGUGCCAUAGCUCUCCUCAUCUUGGUCCUCCUCAUAGUGUGCUUCAUCAAGAGGAACAAGGGUGGCAAAUAUCCAGUGAAAGAGAAAGAAGAUGCUCACCAAGACCCAGAGAUCCAGCCAAUGAAGGAGGAUGAUGGGACAUUUGGAGAAUACAGGUCUAUAGAGAGUGACACAGAGGACCACAAGCCGCUGAAGGGCAGCCGGACACCGUCCAAUGGGACGGUGCGCCGUGACGAGAGUGACGACAGCCUGGUGGACUACGGGGAGGGCGGGGACGGACAGUUCAAUGAGGAUGGGUCCUUCAUCGGUCAGUACAGCGGCAAGAAGGAGAAAGACACACACGAAGGCAACGAGAGUUCAGAGGCCCCAUCACCUGUUAAUGCCAUGAACUCAUUUGUCUAACAAAGGGCCACGGCCUGGCUGCAACGGGUUGCUAUGGCCACUCCUUGUCACCUUGGCAAAUGUGACCAUGGGGGCCCAUCUCUGUGGUGACAGUUGCUAAGGUGACAGUUGUUACGGACACCUUACUUUACCAUGGUGGCUGUCACUUAGGUGGCCAUCGCCAUGGCUACCUGUCACCAAGACUGCUGACACGCCCUCAUCUCCACACCCGCCGCCCUGACACCCCCCCCUCCCCUUAGCCCCUUGUCACACUGUGACCUCCUCCAGAUCAACACACAAACACUCAACAUGGCAAAGACGGACACUACAUCCCCCACAACCACUGCAAGAAGGUGUUAAACGAGGGAUGUGAGGACUCUGAGAAGAGGGAAGAAGAGAGGAAGCAAUAUAGAAAAGCAGAAGGAAUGUACCAGAAGUUUUACCACUCAGACUGAGCAGAGCAGAGUGUGGCUAAGUUUAUGUGUGUUAGUGCCAUUUGAUAUCCUUUGCAAACAUUUCUAUACAAAACAUAAUGUAUCCAAAUAUAUAUUUUAUCAAAGUACAUGACCCGCAGGCAGGCAAAUAUGCAUUGAGUCACAUUCAUAAACAUCUGCAUGGAGUAAAUCAUUGUAAGCAUUGUACCAUCGUCAGAUUUGCUAUUUGUUGCAGAGGUGAGCUGCAUUUUGAGACUGUAUACUGUAUGGUGCACGCCUACUAGCAACUGGGUAUGCCAUUUUCCUUUUUCUUUUUCAGUGGUCAGAAAGUGUUAUAUGGCGUAUGAUAUAUAGAGAAAAAAAAUAGCAGCAAUGUCUUUGUGGACACUGCUGUGAAAUGUGUGACUCAAAGUAGAAGCUAGCAUAUGUCUUUUUGAGACAAAUGAACUGUUUGUACAUAUGUAAUAGAUUAAGAAAGCUAUAUUGACUAUUUUAGGUCAGGGAUGUCCAUUUGUAGUUAUUGGAAACCCGGCAAGAAACACUUUGAACUCAGCGUUCGGUCACUCCUUUAUCACACCAGCCAGCCAGAAUUCCCACACUGAUUUGAAUCGGCCUGUUUUUAGCCUCAUGUUUUCUCCAGCUUGUUCUUUGCUUGCAUUUUUUCUCUUCCCGAUCUGUUUCUUAACACCGAGCCUAUGCUUCUUGUUACCGAGCACUAACUGAACACAAGUGGAAGUGUGAUUGAUCCAGUGUCAUUGUCAAGUGCUUCCGCCCCCAAAUCGUGGCCCCUGUGCAAGCCUGUCUUUUAGAUCAUUGUGGUAUUGUCACUGCGUCCAGAACUAACCAAACCCAACCCCAACAUUGUUUCCAAUAGCAUUUCCACUUAUCUGCAGUGUAUAAUGGCAGAACAGAGAAUGGAUGCAGUUGCAUGCGAUUAAUGCACAUGAACAGGGCACAUACUACAGUUUCUGGAUAUUUAUGAUCAAGAACCUCUCAGCACGGUUUCUAGUGCCUUUGUAGAGAACAGUGACUUCAAUCCAUAUAAUUACAUCCCUCUUCAUUGACGGGGCAGACAGUGUAGUUCACAUAGUCCAUUAAUACAGUACACACAGAAUACUAUCCCACUUUACGCUAAUAAGAAGUGUAAAGGAUACAUGAGUAUUAAAAACACACUAAACGUUUAAGCUCUCGAGGUUUCUGCUGAUGUUUGAAUAUGUGUUCAUAAAGGUACAUUUAAAGUACUGUAAGACUCCCUAUUGUGAGCUAUAUGGUCACUAAGUUUCGUAAAACAUCCAUGUGAGCUUAUUGACUCUAAAUAGCCUCAUUGUGUCUUAUUUUUGGGUUGAAAAGGGGCUUAAAAGUCUCAAAAAAGGAAACUCAAAAAGACCUUUUCAAAAUUGUUCACCCACUGACAUCAGCAUCAGUUGUGAGGAAUCAUUUUCAGCUAUAGACCUUGUUGACAAUCAUAUUACCCAGCUAUCACCAGCCCAUAAGGUACAUAAACAUUGACCGCCACAUCAUACAAUCCAGCUAAGAAUUUAAGGAAAUAUUGUGGAAUAUUAAAAAAAGGAAAAUGUGUUGGAAACCUGAGGACAGAGCCUCAUGAGAUGUCAUGUCUUAUGUAUUCAUUUGAAAUACUCUCUUCCAAACUCAUUCAUGCUGAGGAGGAGCCGCUGCUCACUGUAGCAGCACUAAACUACUGCCAACCUACUCGCCAGGUAACUGCCAACGGAAACCGGACUCACUCUCUGGUCUAGACAGUUAUGGGACUUACUGUUACUGGUAGCACUUAAAGAGCUGAAAUGAAGGGGUCGGAAAUAUUCGUAAUGAUACUGAAUGUGGAAACAAGUGGAUUUAUCUGUUUAUGUGAAUGAAAAUAUUGCUUGUUUCACUGCAAGUGGUAUACACACUGGUGACUUUGGUUUAUGCAUUUAACCUUAUAUCUGUGUAUGUUGUCACGUUCUGCUGUAACUCAGAGCGCAAAGUGUGUACAGCAAGCACUCAGUGAGUUUUAUAUUACUGUAAAUGAAUGAAGCUUGUGUGUGAAUGUUUGGGUGCAUGAGUGUGUGAGUGCGUGUGUGUGUGUGUGUAUGUGUGCAGCACAUGCAUGCUUCUGUGUUAAAGCGUGCGUGGUGUAUACUAUCGCUUUCUAUUUCCAUGGAUAACAGUCUGUAAUUCUGAUGUGUGUCGAGCAGUCUACUCUCAACAGGAGACUUUUUUUUUUUUUUUUCAAGAGAACAUUUCCAUGUCUUAGGUUUAUCAUAACUUGCAUCAAGUUUUUAGGUUGCAAUGUGUCAAGCUUUCCAUGUGUAGAUAUUUUUGUAGUAAUUUUUUUUUGUAAAUAAUGGCUUGAAUUGAGCGUAGACGUGUUGAGGUCGGAGGUGAGAGCCUGACCUCAAUCAACCCUGCUGAAUUAUGGGUAGGUGGGGGCAUAAUGGUAUUGUGUGAGAUGAGACUAUUUACAGUUUUCACUCUUUUUAUUUGCUGUGACGUUUUUAUUUUAUUUCUUUUUAAUAUUUUUUUUGAACCUGUCAGGUGAAUUUGCUAGCUCAAAUGUUUAGGCUAUCAGGUAUCAAAGGAGAUUAUUUAACUUGUGACUGAGCUCUUGUGACACCUGUAUUGUUUCUGUCUCUGACAGUUCAUGCACCUUUUCUGUAUUUUUUAUAAAAAGCACAGGCUUUAACAGGAUGUAUCAUUUGAAACACAUCUAGUUAAGGACAACAGGAAGUAUACUAAUGUGCAUUGUCCUAAACCAGACAUCUACUGAAAAUGACACAUCCUUUUUAAGUGUGCAGUUAAAAAAACAAAAAAACAAAACAAAACUGUAAUUUGGAGUAUACAGAAGGAUGGCCGGCAUAGACAGAUAUGCAGACUGGCACAUUGGAGUGUGGAAACAACGUUCUAGUGACUGGUGAACAUAGGAUAUACAGUAUAUGAUAUGAUAUAAUAUGACAUUCUGGUUAAUGUUGAUGCUACAUGAGAAGCAUGAAAGGCUGUCAAAAAUGGUUUACUCUACAAUAUAAUAUUGCAAAAUAUUUUGUAUUUUAAAUGAAGUUUAAAAAAAAAAUCAAAUAAAUGUUGGUUUCAGGAUUUCAA